AUGAUCACCGCUCGGUCACCUUAUCAAGUGUAUAAGGCGGCGGACGUUAAGGGAACCGUCACCGACUUCAACUCUCUGCCGCCUGAGGAGGUACUGCCGUACAAGAUCACAUCCUCGGAGGAGACAUUGGUGGCGUCACUCUCUGUUGUCGAGCGAAGCGAGGAACAGCGAGGCAAGUACGCCGUCUCAGCCCUGCACGCCGCGAGGGUCUACGUCUGUGACCUCAUCAGCUACAUUCCCCUGUCCGCCCGCUCGCAGACGGCCAAGAGAGUCGAGAUUAACACUGACGCGAUUGUACGCACUGUCGUGCUGUUUGCCACCAACACAGGACUCCUUCAAAGUGUUAAAAACAUCGUUCUUGCGAACGCCUCAGGGGCGCACAUAUCGCUGAAGGAUCUCUCGGAUCUAGAAGGCGUGCUGAACGCGAUGGAAAAGGAGCACCGGCAGAAAGCGAAAGGCGCUGGGGAGAAGGUGGACAUGCUGCGCAAGGUUGCGCCAGAGCCGAUGAUCGUCCCCUCCAGCCCAGCGACGUCGAAAGGUGCGACAGCGUUGGCCACAGGCGAGGACGGCGGUGGCGCCGCGCAGAAUUCCACAGGGUCUUUGCGGCAGCGUCGCCGGCGCUCACAGUCUACCGACGGCCCUGCCGCCAACGCAGACGCACAUGGAGAUGCCGCGGCACUCAAGGUGGCGAAGAUCGAGGUGGACGGAGACAAUACUCCUCUCGCCGCUGCGUAUGCGCCAACGCCAUCUAGCGGGCUCAAGAGUCUGCGCACCGGCCGAGGCGGCGGUCUAGUGUGGGGCCGCCUCCGCAGCCUAACAAACAACGAAAAGAAGGUCGUCGCGAUGCUGCACUCCACGAUUCAGGUGCUGGGGCAUAUCUUCGCGACCAAGUUCAACGACCUCGUCCCCAUCUUCGACACGCUUCAGAAGCAACUCAGAAUGGCACAAGCCGUCAUGGAUGCCGAGCGCGCACAGUACGAAGCAAGGACGGACAAAAGAGCCUUAGAGCCGUUUCACGGGGUCACCCUGGAUGCCGUGCAGCUUGCUCUAGAGCAGUCGAGCGACACAUUCCGCAACGACGAGGAGUGCCGCUACGAGCUCGAUGAGGACCUCUUGCACCCCAUCGCCCACGCCUGCCUGAGUGUCAUCAACCACAUUGAGGGCUUCUUGACUGAGCCAUUCAAGGGCCCGACGCCGGAGGAGUUGGCAAGGAAGCAGCUGCUGCGUGAUGCCGCACGGGCCAAGCGCGACGAGGCGAAGCGUCGGGUUCUUGAAAAGGCGGAAGCCAAGGCGGAGCUGGAGCGCAAAAAAGAGGAAGAGCGGCAGCUGAUGCGGCGGCGACUUGGCGACGGCAGUGACGAGUACGAGGAAGACCUUCAAGAAGACACCACGCUCGUCACCCCGUCUACGUUAGGGUACGUGGCGUACGAUGCGGAGCUACCGCUUGGCACUCCUGAACUCUUUGAAAAGGCGCUGUAUAUAUGGGGCAUGCUCGUCUCAGUGCCACGUGCGCUCAGUCUGUCACAGAUGCGAUUUACUACCUUCCUGAAAGGAAUCGAGUGUGAGGACCAGGACGCGAAUGGGCUGAUGGAGGAGGUGACCAAGUGUCUGCUCAACGUUUCGAUAGAUAACCUGCGCUUCCGCUCUCCCGAGGCGCCGCGUAUCAUGACGCGCGGCAAGAACUGGUUCGAUGCCCUUGUCGAGUUUGUCGGAGUGUCAAGUGGAAACAAAAAGAAGCGACGGCAGCAGCAACGCCGUGCCUCUAGUACCGAGGAGGAUGAGGAAGAAAGCGACGAGGAGGAUGACAGCGACGGCGAGAGCGAUGUAGCCUCCUCGAUAUCGUCUUCGCCAUCUUCCUCUGCGUCAAAAGGGAACGACGCCAACACGUCAGCUGAAGAGGGGGGCUCACGGCUCGAGGAGAACCCAGCAGCUGCCGGGGCGGAGGGAGUCGAAAGCGCCGCUGAGGCGGUUGCGGAAGAGGAGGUGGAUACAGACCCGUUCUUGCUGGAGCUGAAGAUAACAAUGAUGAAGAUAGCAGAGCUACGUUCCUUGGCGUCUUGGGGAAACGUCGACGUUAUUGAUCGCCUUAAUCUGCUUCAGUUCUGCGUGCUAGAGGCACUGAGCAGCGACGGCGUGCGCAGCGAAGCAGACCGUCUUGAGAAGGACCGCGAAGAUGAAACGUUGAACGUUGAGAAGAAGCUAAAGGAGAUUCGUGAGGAAGCGGAGAAGGAGUUAAAGGCGCUGUUGCGCACGUUGCCGCCAGUGACUACCACAACUGCCCGCAAUACGAAAAAAAUGCCAAGGAGCAAGCGAAAGACCGAGUCAGUGAAGACGGAGGACGACCAGGGCUCCAGCAACGCCGAGGAUGGCAAGCAGGACGGUGACGAGGCUGAGGUCUGUCAAGAAGCGAAGGCAAAGGCCGCAGGGGAGGGGGCGGAGAGGACUUUUGAGGCCGAGCGGGAAGCUAUCCUCAAGGGUGUCGAUCGCAAGCGCGAGGAGAUCUAUGCACGAUUGCUCAGCUUGCAGGAUGGCAAUGACCACGGCGCCAUUAUCGAGCCGCUUGGCAUGGACCGCUAUCGGCGCCUUUAUUGGCGUUUUCCAAUGGAGCGGGAAGUUUACGUGCAAAGCGUACCCCAUCUCACGGCCGCCGGAUUCCCUGUCCUGACCGAGCCACCGGAACUCAAGCAGCGCCGUGCCCCCUCGCGGCCACUUCUUCUGGAUGAGGAGGAAAGAUCAUUGCAGGGCCGGCGACGGCGUGAUGACCGAGGUUCAACCGCGGCGAGCGAUCCGACUGACGUCAAUGACGACAAGAGUGCAGUUCAGACUAUGUGGGGUUUUAUUCCCUGCAACUACCUCGGGACCUUUCUGCAGACUCUGGACCGUCGCGGGGAGCGGGAGGCCCCGCUGCGGCACGCACUAGAGAUGGUGGAGCCGUACCUGACAACUUUGGAAGAGCCACGAGAAGUGCGUGAGACACGGGCACGCGCGCACAUGUUUGGCUACUUGAACCGCCUGAAGGCCGACUUCACGUACUGA